AUGAGAAACGAAUUAAAGAAUGAUAGAAACAUGCUUCUUAAAACAUUUCCAGAGAUAGCAGAGAGUAUUGGUAAAGGAUUUAUUAGAGAAGGAUGGGGAUGUCUUCUGAUGAAUAGUAGAAUUUGGGAGAGAGUAAGUCAAGGUCUUUGGAAAGAUGAAGAAAAGAGUAUUUUAGAAGUGAGUGAUGUCAUCACCAAUUCAAUCAAAACACAUUCCAUUCAAAACAACAUCACCAGAAAACCAACAAAUGUAUUUCAUGGAAGGGUUGUUUAUAGUUAUAAUCCACAAAAUGAAAGUGAAUUGAAAUUAGAAGAAGGAGAAUGGAUCACAGUAAUUUCUACAGAAGGAGAAUGGUGGGAAGGAGAAAGUAAAGGGAAAAUAGGAAUAUUUCCAUCUCAUUAUGUUGAACGAGAUGUUAAAAUCAACUAA